AAUUUGUGCAGCCCCGCACCCUCUUCAGUCCCUCCGUUGAUUCCUUCCAUACUUCGUAGUUCGCAUGUUUUUGUUUACUUUCGUUGCUUUAUCUUCAUUCAUGCCGAAGGAUCAGAUUUGAAGUAAAGGACGGAAGUAAAGUUAUUAUAUUUUACGUAAGAUCUGUGUUUUUAUUUUAGAUCCACGAACCAUAUAUCUACUGAGUUCAUGUCGUAUUGUAUGCAACGAUUGUUCACGUGCAUCUGCGAUCGGUGCCUGGUGCUCCAUUGUCCGGUGAAUUCUGAUAAGAAUAACUUCAUUGAAGAUUUGGCUGUUCAGAACAAACGGAUUGUCGAACCAUCACUCAAUUAAUCACUCAUGAUUCCAGAUCACUCACAAUAAUGGAUCCAAACGAAACACAAAAAAGCGACGAAUGGGUCGAAGACCGAUACGUAUACUACGCAGCCGUGCCAAGUCUUCAGCGGAUUACAUGUAUUCGAAUUCUUCGACGAAUAUGGUCCAGCUAUAUUUCUCGUCGGAAAAACUGCAACGAUUUGCAGGAAAAAUGCGGCAAUAACUUGAUGGACGUGUUCGGUCUUCCUGACACUUUCCCAGAAGACAUACAAGAAAUGCGAGAUCUCCUCAGAUUGCCUCGAACCUUCAAAGGAAUGUUGAUAAGUGCCUCGACCGCCGUCAGCUGUGGAAUUAGGUUAUGGAUAUAUCAUCUCGAAUGCUACACCAUGGGAAAGAAAAACGAACGAUACAGUAUUCGUGAUUUAGUACGUGAUUUCGAUAUAGACUGGUGCGUUUGGUUACCCAACGGUAGAAUCGAUGACGAACAAACCGCCAUGAAGUUAUUAUCCACCGUUGAUUUGAGUAACGAGCAAAGAUUCGCAAUUUUCAGUGAAUUUUGUAUGAAAAGAGAAAUCGACCAGAUAAAAUUACGUUCGCUGCGUAAAUCAUUCAAAAAAUCGGUGACUUUCGAAGAUAACCCUUUGGUGUAUUACUGGAUUCGUUAUCUAAGAAGAGAUUUAAAUGAUAUACCAAACUCUCCUUAUAGGACAGUUUACGCUGCUGUGGCUGAAAAAUGUGCCCGUAUUUCGUGGACAGCUUUCGAAUACUUUUGGCAUCGUUGUGACGUUGAAGAUCAAAUAUUAGUGGCCCAGUAUCUUCUUGCUGAUUUUUAUAAAGGAGGAUACAUGUAUCAAGAACGAGUUCUCUCGAUGAUGUCUUGGUUUCAACAAAGUCGUUUAUUGACUCUAAUUCCGGAGAAAAUAAUUUCAAACUUUGUUCGUUUAAACUUGCCCGAGUCUACGUCCUGGGCACUGAAACAUAGUAAAUUAAACCCGUCCAACUUUGCCAGCUUAGUGAAGGACUCAUUUUCAUGCGUAGGGGAUGAAGAAAAAAUGAGCUGGUUGAUUGAAAUAUGGGACGCAGCUUCGCCCAUACAUAAAAGUGUUACAGUGCAUAACCUACAAUAUGAAAUAUUUCCUCGAUUCUGUCAAUACUGUGAUUCAUCGUUUCGCCCUUCGCAGUCUGGUGUCAAAUUCUUAAUCAAGCUUUCAUCGCAUCUUGAUGCUCAAUUCAGAAGACGCGAAGUUUUAAGCAACGCAGUUUCAUUAGGAGUAUAUAUAGAUAACCUGAAUUUAUUGAACGAGCUGCUGGAAUUGAGUUUGCCAAGCGCCGAUGAUCGAGCUCUGUUCAACAGACUGGUUGAAGAAUCUCCGGAAUUGAAUGAAAAGUGUGUAUAUUUAAUGACUGAUGCCAAGCUUGCAGAUCUAAACGCGAAAUUGCAAUUCUAUCUGCCCGAUUCGAAUGCCAUACAAAAAUACAAGCAACGAAUGAUUUUGGAAUUGAUGAAUGAAGAAUACUUUCUAUACGAGACGGAUAAAUGGAACGCAUUCAGUACCUUCAUCGACGAAACGUUCCCCAAUGACGCAUCUGGAGCGUUGGAGUUGAAGAAGAACUAUAUUUUAUGUCAAGCGAGGUGUUUUCCUUUCAACAGAGUAUUUUGUGCUCGUGACCUGAAUCCAAUGAUUCAGAUAGUCGAAUCUGUAUUCAACACCGAGAAUGAGAACGAGUAUAUAAAAAAUGUUUUUUUCGAUAGUUUUGUAGCGAUGCUGAAACUAAGUGACUAUCGAUGGUAUAAAAUGUUUUUCAACGAAAUGUAUUUUCGUCGUUUUGUAAGAUGGUGCCUUGGCGAAAAAGAUCCUGCUGCAGUUCUCAAGUAUAAUAGUGGUGAAUUUAUGCAGGAUGUUGUUGCUGGAGUCUUAGGUGCCAUAAAUAAUUGUUACGUAGCGAAGGGCGAAUUUAAAGAAGCGUUACUCCAUGAUUUAGAUAGAUGCCUGAUGUGGUACUUGUCAGACGAAGAAAGAGUGAAAGAGUACAAGCUGGAAUGGAUUAAAGUGGUCCAAGAUUUAGAUAUUGUUCAAUCUGUUGUGCAACGAAAUGACACCGUAUCUUUGGAAGCUCUUUGCAUUUGGUUUUUCGAUGAAGAUCAAGACGCGAUCCAACAAUUCAAGUCGAAAAGAGUGAAACUUCAGUCAAGUUAAAUUCAUUGUGUCAUAUCUUGAGAUAAUUUGUUUUAAAAUUACCUAUGAUGAGCUUUUAGUAAAUAAGGUUUAUUUGAAUUUCUAGAAUGCGAAGUAUUUCGUUACCUACCUCUGUUUUUAUUAUUAAAAUAUGUUAAUUGUUUCUAUUUUUAUACAUGUAUAUGUACAAUGUUGGUUUCUCAAUAAUUAUUGGAAUUUAUACGUUGCAUUUUUUUAUACUCAUAUUAUAAGUACCUAGUUAUUAAAUCUUCAGGUUUUUUUCGAUUUUUUAUUUUAAAAAUAUUUGAUUCGUCUUUGAAUUUCGAUUGUUUAUUAAAAAAUGUCAAAAUAUGUU